AUGACGGGACGCGCGCGGAAGCAACUCUGCUGGCACCCACAGCGAUACCGACGCGUUGAAAUUCGCGAUCCCGACAAGUUGCGCCCCGUGCCAGACGACGCGCACAGGGCGCGGCAGCGACCAAUAACAAAGAUAGAGCACCCCAUGGCUCUGUUCAUGUCGGAACGACAAAAUCGGGGCGCCGAGCCCAUCGUCAAAGUCCGCACAGGCUCUCGAGGUGCCCGCAUCUACGAACCGACGCGCGAAUUGAGAUCGCCGUCCUUGCACCAAGAGGAUCGGGACACGGCUGCACGCCAAUGGGCGAACAGCCCGGGAGAUAGAGAGACUGUCCGACGUGCCUUGGAUGACCAGGAAUCUCAUCACCGUCAAGAGCCGAGCACCCCGGCAUGCCAACAAGAGCCUACAACAGGCCACGAGAACCUCGUCGAGGUCGGAGCUGGUCGGAGACGACCUCUGAAAGCAGACGGCCGAACUGGACGCGGCCAGCAACGAGCCGAGGCUCACGCGCACGGCCCCAGGAACGUCGGCCAGCGUCGGCCUCGUCCCAACGCCCGAGGCCACUCCACCAACGUAAAAACAAUACGUCCUCACUUGCGCGUUGGCCCUACGACCCUCGAGCCAAUAUCGGCCCCAUUGGUCGCUCACAUCCGCCCUCCAGGCCGACCUGAGACAGCCUGA